AUGCUGGCAGAAAGUAAACCAUCACAGCAACUCCACCAUGAAGGAAUUGGUAGUAAGAGCGGAAGGUUGGCGAAAAAUGCUGCCAAACUUGUUGAGGUCAUUGGAAAGCAAAGAAAUCCAUUUGAGGAAAAGGACAUGUACAAACUCAUUACUUUUGCUAUAAUACCAUCUGAAGGAUCUAAGAAUAUUGAAAUUCAGGAUGACUUGGGUAGAGAGACUUUAGAGAAGUUUGUGUCCAAUAGGAGCACAGAAAAGACACAAGAAGAUUCCUGGAAGCGAACACACACGAGAGCACAGAAAAGACACAAGGAGAUUCCUGGAAGCGAACGCACAAGAGAGCACAGAAAAGACACAAGGAGAUUCCUGGAAGUGAAAGCACAAGAGAACACAGAAAAGACACAAGGAGAUUCCUGGAAGCGAACACACAAGAGAGCACAGAAAAGACACAAGGAGAUUCCUGGAAGUGAACGCACAAGAGAGCACAGUAAAGACACAAGGAGAUUCCUGGAAGUGAAAGCACAAGAGAGCACAGAAAAGACACAAGGAGAUUCCUGGAAGCGAACGCACAAGAGAGCACAGAAAAAGACACAAGGAGAUCCUGGAAGCGAAAAGCACAAUAGAGACAGAAAAGACACAAGGGAGAUUCCUGGGGAGGCGAACGGACAAGAGAGCACAGAAAAGGAACACAAGGAGAUUCCUGGAAGCGAAGCACAAGAGAGCCAACAGAAAGACAAGAAGAUUCCUGGAAGCGAAAGCACAAGAGAGCACAGAAAAGACACAAAGAAGAAAUUCCUGAAACCGAAUGCACACGGAGAGCACAGAAAAAGACAAAAAGGAGAUUCCUGGAAAUGA